UUCUACACAGACAUAAACAUGAGUAUUGAUUCCUGCUAUGAAGGCGUUCUUGCCAAGUUAAACGCUCAAGGUAAAAUACGUUCAAUAUCACAGCAAUUAAUAUGCACAAAAGAUAUCCAUGACAAGGUUUUGAUAGUGUAUGAUAUUCUUGAAGGCUUGGAGGCCUUCCCAAAAAUAUUAGACGUUGAAAAAUGUGAAAAAGUGUCUACAUACUACCGUAACCAAGGCAACAAAAAGUACCAACGAAACGAUAACUAUGGUGCAUGGCAGUAUUACAAUCUAUCUUUGCUUCAUGCACCUCUACAUUCUGAGUGUUAUUGUCUAGCCCUAGCUAAUAGAUCUGCAGUCUUUUCCUCAUUAGAAAAGUGGGCCGAAUGUAUUAAAGAUAUUGACACUGUUUUCUCAAUGAAAUACCCUGAGAAGUUAACUGACAAAUUAAAUAAAAGAAAGUCAAUAUGUAUAGAUAAAGUUACUCCAGAAUCUGAAUGGUUAAGCCCUGAAAUACGUGAAUUGCUUACCUUAAAAGACCCACAGAUGCCAAGAUUUCCAUGUGCCAGUUCGAAGCUGGAAGUUGUUUUCAGUAAUGAAAUGGGACGGCAUGUUGUAGCAAAAUGUGACAUCAAAGUUGGUGAUAUUCUGAUACAAGAAGAACCCUAUUUCAAGCUGCUCUUGAAACAUCAAUAUUUGUUCACUUGCAGUUACUGUCUCUCCAGAAGCUUGAAUUUGUUGCCUUGUCACAGCUGCUGUUUUUCGUUAUAUUGUAGCGUUCAAUGCAAAGAUAGUGCCUGGAAGGAUUACCAUGAAACUGAAUGUCCGUUGAUGGCUACCCUUGUAGAGUUGAAAUUUACUACAUUAGAGCUUCUUGCUCUUAGAACUGUAAUAAAAGCUAGAAAUGACCAUGCUGACUGGGACAGUUUAUUCAAAACCAUUCAAGAAGCAGAAGAAAAUGCUGGUUCAGAAUUCAGAGGUCAUGUUAAGGUAAACAAUGAAUGGGUAUAUGACUCAAAGUAUUAUACCUCAAUACAUACUUUGGCAUCUAAUAUUGAAAAGAGAUCUAUAUCUAAUAUUUUUCAAAAGGCAGUUACUGCAGCUGUAUUUUUAUUUCAAUUGUCACAGAAAACAAAGUUUUUAGAAAGUGACAAUGAAGAGGAACAAGAUAAUAUUAGGAAAUAUGCAGCUGGUAAUUUACUUCAUCAUAUUAUGACAAGUGCUACUAAUAUGCAUGGAAUAAGUGGAAAUGUGGAGUCAGCCGAAGGAAAUUUCGUUGACGAGUUCAACAUUGGAAGUGCCCCAUAUGCCUUUCACAGUUUGCUGAAUCAUUCUUGUGCUCCAAACGUAGUGAGGUGUCACAGAUUGGGAACAGCCCGGAUGACAUUAGUUGCUCUAAGACCGAUUAAGAAAGGAAUGCAACUCUAUGAUAACUAUGGUGCCCAUCACGCAAUUGAUGACCGGAAUACACGUCAAGGAAACCUCAAAUUCCAGUAUAAGUUUACAUGCCUCUGUGAAGCUUGCGUGAACGAUUGGCCUACACACUUUACAAUGCAACGAGCCAAAAAUUUACCUGCAGCGAUUGUGAAGCACAAAGAUAAUAUUUUAAAUACUGAUGCUUUGGAUAAUCUUCAGAAGGGCGAUUUGAAGACAGCGGAGAGGAUAUACAAGCCUUUGUGUGAGAUAGCUCAGGUGCUCGAGCCAUAUGCUCCUUGCUUGGAACUUUCGGAUUGUCAGGAAUCGAUAAAGCAGUGCUUGCAAAUAUUUGGUGGGUUAGUCCCUUACGGUUACAGCCAGCAAGUGGAAUGGAAUGCCGCACCACCUAAAUUGUAAUUUGGAAAUGAAACAUACUCAUUAUUAUUAGAUUUUAGGAUUAAGUGAUAUGUACUGAAAAUGUUUUGUUAUUAUUUUUUAGGAAUUGUUUUUACUAACUUCGUGUUAUUUAUUUCUGACCUCUGCAUUUGAUUUGAAGGCUCUAAAAUCUUGUAUUCUCUCGCCUAACAAAUUAAGUUCAAAAUAUUCGCUUUAUUAUAUCUCCUUAAGUACACUGCCACUGGACCACUUUAUCGGAUAUUAUUUCUCCACUGUAAUUAUCGAAUAUCGAUUUCUUCGAUGAUAUUAUGGUAAUCCCAAUCCCAACUAAUAU